CAAUAAGCAUUUUCUGAGUGUCGUCUUUUCCAGCCUCUUCAUCAGCCUAUUUUGAGAUGUUUGUCGUGCAAAAAGCAAUCAUCCUCCUGUAUAGUAACUGGGAAAGUUUUUUGCUGUUAAAACUAUGAUCCGAACAAGUGUAGAAUGGCAAUGAAGCGCUUAAUAUGUUGAUGCUGUGUUCAAAAUAUUGUCCUAUGAUUUGUUGUAGUGUUUGUUCACGUAAACUAAAUUAGAGAUUUUCAUCGUGCUAAAAACUCAAUAUGUAAUAUGUGUCAAGGAAGAAUUAACAUAUACUAAGUCAGCUCAACGAAUAGCCUAUCGCGGAAUAUAAACAAUCUUUGAUGUGAGCUAAGCUUUCGAAGUUAUCAAUCCUGUAAGCGGGACAAGCAAAAAAUCAAUAUUUCUACACGAAUCGGAGAAGCUGCAAGAUACGCAAACAAAUGGUUUACAUGGAAGUGUACUGUGUAUACGAACGAGGACUGAUGUUUCCAGUAGCAACGACGUUGACAAAAACAUUAUCCAGCAUUUGCAAUCGGAGGCAGUCUCAACAAACAACAUGUCAAUAAAGUACCAUUGUUGUGCAAGGAAAUUUUACUCGAAUGAUAGUAUAUGCGGAAGGGGUUGUCUUAGACCAGAAGGCAACAGUCGUUAGCACAACUGUGGAGUGUAUUGGUCGAUUCAUCCCGUUGUUGCCAAUCGGCGGCACAACAGCAACAAAUGCGAAAAAUGCAGGCCAAAAAACGAUAUAUCCUUGUCAUCAUCUGUUGCGCUUUCCUUGUAUACUGUUACCUCGGGGGCUACAGGCUGAAAUGGUUGCAAAAAGUAUUCCGCAUACGAGUGCACAAGAAUCCCGACACAUUGCCCUGCUAUCAUCAGUUGCAUUACCAAUACAAAAGCUCCGAUGUUACUGAAGAUUCGCUAGCACCAGACGACGAUUUGCACGUUAGUCCAACCUAUGAGUUCAGAAAUCGUAAUAGUGCAGUUCUUCCAUCGUUUCACGUAGGUGGUUCACGUGGAGGGACAUCUAACGAUGUAGCAGUUGAAGCUUGUCGGAUGGAAACUUGCUUCGACUUUAGCAAAUGUGAUAAUAAGAAUUUCCUCGUUUAUGUGUACCCACCGGAACCUUUGAAUUCGCUCGGAGCUCCUCCACCGAUCAGUCAAAAUUAUCAAAAAAUCAUCUCAGCCAUACAAGAAAGUCGAUACUAUACAACUGAUCCGGAACAAGCAUGUCUAUUCGUUCUCGGCAUCGACACAUUGGACCGUGAUUCUUUAAGUGAAGAUUUUGUUCGCAACGUCCCCUCCCGCCUUCAACGUCUGCCGUAUUGGAAUAAUGGACGAAAUCAUAUCAUCUUCAACCUGUACUCUGGUACAUGGCCUGAUUACAAUGAAAAUGGACUUGGCUUCGAUCCAGGCCAAGCAAUAUUGGCUAAAGCAAGCAUGAGUGUGCAGUCAUUACGUCCUGGAUUCGACGUCAGUAUUCCGUUGUUUCACAAACAGUUUCCCCUGCGCGGUGGUAACACAGGUUUUGUGUUGACCAAUAACUUUCCCGCUAACAAAAAGUAUCUGUUAGCAUUUAAAGGAAAGAGAUAUGUUCAUGGAAUUGGUUCUGAAACACGCAACUCGUUAUUCCAUUUACACAAUGCCAGAGAUUUGGUGUUAGUUACAACAUGCAAGCAUGGAAAAAGUUGGCGUGACCUACAGGAUGCUCGAUGUGAUGAAGAUAAUCGAGAGUAUGACAGAUAUGACUACGAGACACUAUUACAAAAUUCUACGUUUUGUCUUGUACCCAGAGGGCGUCGCUUAGGAUCUUUUAGGUUCUUAGAAGCUCUACAAGCUGGUUGCAUACCGGUAUUACUUUCAAAUUCAUGGGUAUUACCAUUUCAGUCAAAAAUAGAUUGGAAGCAAGCAGCCAUUUGGGCCGACGAAAGACUGUUACUGCAGGUUCCGGAUAUAGUACGCUCAAUUUCCGUCAGUCGCAUUUUAGCUUUACGCCAGCAGACACAAGUGCUUUGGGAGCGUUACUUCAGUUCCAUUGAAAAGAUAGUUUUUACUACAUUUGAGAUCAUCCGUGAGAGACUGCCAGAUUAUCCACAUCGGAACGGACUGAUAUGGAAUUCAUCUCCAGGGGCGCUACUGACUAUUCCUACCUUCUCAGAUACACCCAGGCGUUUUCCAUUUCAGUUAGAUACACUUGGCAUAGCGCCCGGACUGAAUUAUACCGCCGUCAUAUUUGUACAGAUUGGUAUGCAGCUUACACCAAAUACUGCUUUAUACAAGCUAGUCAAAAGUAUUACCAAAAGCCAAUUCGUAGAUAAGAUUUUAAUUCUAUGGGCCUCCGAUAGGGCCGUUCCAUCUAGAAAACGUUGGCCAUCGACUGGCCAUAUUUCAUUGCAAAUCAUAUCGGGUAGCACCAGCGAAGAUCGACCGAGCAUAUCCCAAAGAUUCUAUCCCCACGAACACAUCGAGACUGAUGCCGUCCUAUCUUUGGACGAGGACGCAAUUCUGAAUACGGAUGAAUUGGACUUUGCCUACCAGGUAUGGAGAGACUUUCCUGAUCGUAUUGUAGGCUAUCCAGCUAGGGCACAUUUUUGGGACGAUUCCAAGAAUGCCUGGGGCUAUACAUCGAAAUGGACUAAUUACUACUCAAUAGUACUGACGGGCGCAGCGUUUUAUCACCGAUACUACAAUUAUCUCUACACGAACUGGCUUUCAUACUUGCUCCUCAAAACGGUAGAGCAAUCGUCCAAUUGCGAGGACAUUCUUAUGAAUCUGCUUGUUUCACACGUAACACGCAAACCACCGGUAAAAGUUACACAACGAAAAGGCUACAAAGAUCGUGAAAGUGGAAGGUCUCCAUGGAAUGAUCCUGACCAUUUCAUACAACGACAGAGUUGUCUCAAUACAUUCGCGGCUGUAUUUGGGUACAUGCCUCUGCUGCGCUCCAACUUGCGUUUAGAUCCAGUAUUGUAUCGAGAUUCGGUAUCUAACUUGAGAAAAAAGUAUCGUCAGAUCGAACUGGUCGGUAGCUAGCGAUAUUUGUACGUCUAUUAAUCUAUUUGUACAAUCUUCUGUCUUUUCGUGAUACGUAUCGUAAGAAUAGCACGAUCCGAUCCAGUUGUCGUAAACUUUGUACAGCAUUGUCAAUUCCUGUUGUAAAACAAAUUAUCAGUUUACUAUUGCGUUAUUGUUUUGGUGUCGACCUGAUUUUACAGAAGUUUUUUUUUUCACAAAACCAAUGAAAAUACCUUACCUAUGGUACACUUACCUUAUGGGUGGAAAGCCUCCGAUAAAGUUCUACAAAAGUAUAGAGCAACAUAAUAGAUAAACAUGAAAAAAGAAGCAUCUCAGUAACCAGUCUAAUUUACUUUAAUUGAUACUAGCGGGCACGUGUAGUAAUUUUACCAAUAAUUGUUUCUUGUUCGUCUUGAACAUCGUAGGUAAAAAACAAUUCCGAAUAAUCCCAAACAAUGCUAUAUUGUUUGAUUUUUCUGAUCAGCUUUCCGGGACAAGAGUAAGAUGUGCAUAUACACGCUCUUAGUGGUAAGCUUAGUUAGUGCACCUAUACCGUUCAUUUUUUCAAAAGAUUGAAAUGAAAAUGUUCAGUAUAAUUUAAACAUAAAUAAGUUUUUUCGUGUUUUUUAUCAAGUUCUAAUAGUUUUAACGUUGCUGGAUCGAUACACCAACAUGUUAAACAAUUCAUGACUGUGUUUGCUUCAGAGAGAGCGUGGGUUCGAAUCCCAACCGAGACCGGACCCUCCUCUGUACGAGAGGACUGACUAUCCACAUACACAUAGGGUAAAAGUCUCGUAAGCCCUUAACGGGCAGACAUGACCAAACAAGGUCGUUACGCCAAGAAGAAGACGAAGAUGUUCACUAAAGCACCUGCAACCAACGAUAAGGGAUGACCGAAAAUAGUUAAAUUCGGUACUGACAACGAUUGUCGUUGAGUUUCGCAAUGCAAUUUGUUAAAACUCGCCAAUUAACUUUUUUUAAAACAAACCGCUUUCAUUCGGUGUGUUAUCCGAUAAUAUCAUUCCUUUUUAAAUAAACUACUGUAUUAAAUAAUUUACCGUCCCCAUUGUGACGAUUAAAAAGUUCAUUAUUAUUUUAUUUCCAAAAUUUCAUACUUCAAAUCAAUUUCGAAAAUGAACGGUUCAUGUAAUCUAGGGUGCCUCUAGCAUGGUCCAAAAAUCCAGCCUUUAGUGUUACACAAGUUAAAGUCAGUUGCAGCAUAAAAUGAUGCAUUCUGAGUAGCUAGUCUGAAAUUGGAAACAUACAACAAUGUAUAAAGCUGUAACAAAAGAGAUUGCACUUAAAUUGCCAUCUGACGGAAAAAAGCAAGAAAUAAUGCGACGCAAAAGCUAUGUCAUUUUGAUCAGUUAGAUAAGUUUUCGAUAACGUAACGUAAAAUAUUAACGAAACAAUACAAUAAGAAAGCCUCCCAAAGGUGGAAUGGAUAACCCAUCCAGCGUUUUAGCAUGUUAGCGCGUAAGUAGGAAAAUUAUAUUACAAAUUGUUAAAUAUGUAGGGUCACAUUGAACAAAGUACAUUAAAAGGUAAAAUAAAAUAUCAUAAAAACUGCAGCUGAUAACAGAAAUGGCAGCAAAAGGUUACAUUCUUGAAACAAUAUUUUUUAUGACUGAUUUAUUUGCGUGCUAUAGAAUUAAAGGACAACGUUUUUUUAGUAAAUUGCCAGCACUGUAGCUGUCUAAGAGAAAGUAGUCAGCUGGGCUGACAAUGAAUGCAGCGACUGAAUUGCAUAUGAAAGCAAUCGUAAUAGUUAAGAGCGCACCAUCGGAUCAUUGUGUUUCUAUAUCUGUCAAAUGCGUUUGUGCGGUUUACUAAACAUGACCUACAUAUGGUAACGCACAAUCUUAUAGUUUAGGUCUAACAAACUGAAGCCAUGUGUUAAGUUUCUACAUUUUUAGAUAUCUAGAUUUUAGAAUGGUGGAUUGCAAUUAAGUUUUAGAAAUUCAAACAUAGCAAAGAAAUAUUUUUUUAUUGUGAAAUAACGAUGUACAUAAUUUGAAUAUUUAUUACUGCUUCUGUAUAGCGUUUAAAAAAUAUAAAACGAAAUAUUUAAAAUUAUUAAGUGUCGGAACGCGUCUCGGAAUUUCCGUUCAGCAAAAUCUUCUAAAAAUAAUGUGCACAGAAACUAAAUAAAGGGUGGAGUUAAGAUAUUGGUUGCGUUGGAAGUGAAGUUUUGAUACACAGCGGAUACACAACAAUCAUAAUUUUAGAUGGAAUUUUGUUAAAUAAAACUAUCACUAGUUUUGAAUAUGGGCGUGCUACUUUUUAGACAUAGUCACCGUGUUUG